AUCAGUCGACGUUGACGGUCUUUGGGACGUGACAGUGCUUUUGUAGUAGAAAGCUAACUUUAGCUAAACCGUUAGCUUCCUGUCAGGCUUUUAGGAUUAUAUUGGCCGAAAGAGAUACAUUUCAGUACCAAGGCGUCUUUGGCUCUAAGUUGGGUUUUCGUUAGCCUUUGGGUCUUUAUAAAAUUAAGUUGUUAGUGUUGUGUUUUCUAGUGAAUGGGGCUAAUUUAACUUAAGCUAGAUGGUUAGCUAGCGUGUCAUCAACUUGUGAAUUUCCUAACUUGGCCUCUGCGUGGGCCAUAACAGUCACACUAUUCAUCAGGGAGGGUCGCAAGAGCCGGGUUUCUAGCCCUUUUUUUUUAGCCAGUAGCAUAACCACGAACAACGAGGACCCGAACAAAGUAAAGAAAAACCAAAAUUGCUAUCAUAGUGAAGCUAGUCAAUAUUGAUUUGUAACAUGAAAAAGUCACAGUCUGACACAUUGGGUUUUGUUCCUCAAAAAGACAUAGUUUACAACAAACUUUUGCCGUAUGCGGAUAGACUCGAUGAUGAAUCUAACGAUAUUCUGCACAAAAUAAAAGGUAACUUGGGUCGAGCUGUUCAGUUUAGAGAGAUAUGGCCUGGUGUCCUGUUUUGGACAAGGAAACUUUCCACGUACAUGAGACUGUAUGGGCGGAAGUUCAGCAAAGAAGACCAUGUACUGUUCAUCAAGUUGCUCUAUGAGCUAGUGACGAUCCCCAGACUGGAGAUCAGCAUGAUGCAAGGCCUUGCUCGCCUUCUUAUCAACCUUCUCAAGAAAAGAGAACUACUGUCAAGAGAGGAUCUUGAGCUGCCGUGGAGACCAUUGUAUGAGUUGUAUGACAGGAUUCUUUUCUCAAAGACUGAGCAUCUUGGCCUCAACUGGUUUCCUAAUUCUCCACGGCCUCGUUCUUCUAAACACAUAAUGUUAAAAUUGGUUCAGAGGUGCUCAGUGGAAAGCGUACUGAAAACACUUGUGAAAAGCUGCAGACCAUACUUCUCAGAAAAUGCUACUCAGGAGAUGCUGGACGAGUGGAGACCACUCCUUUGUCCAUUUGAUGUCACCAUGCAAAGAGCAAUUAGCUACUUUGAGCUCUUUUUACCCACAACUCUGCCUCCUGAGCUGCAUCACAAGGGGUUUAAGUUGUGGUUCAAUGAGCUGAUCAACUUAUGGGUAUCUGUGCAAAAUCUCCCAAGCUGGGAAGUUCACCUGGUCAAUCUCUUUGCUCGCUUGGCCAAUGACAACAUUGGCUACAUUGAUUGGGACCCUUUGAUUCCUAAGAUUUUCACAAGAAUUUUGAGGAGUCUAAAUCUUCCAGUGGGGACCAGUCAGAUGAUGGUACCACGGUACAUUACUAAUGCCUAUGACAUCAGCCAUGUGGUGCUUUGGGUGUCAUCCCUCCUGGGAGGACCCAGUAAGCAGGCUCAAGCACAGCUCAGUGGCCUUUUUAACAGUAUCACAUCCUUCUUCCACCCAUCAAACCAUGGCCGCUGGUUGAUGAAGCUCAUGAAGUUGCUUCAACGUCUCCCAGCAAGCGUGGUACGGCGGCUGCACCGAGAGCGUUACAGAAAACCCUCGUGGCUAACACCAAUACCAGACAGCCACAAACUCACAGAGGAGGAUAUCACAGACUUUGUACAGAGCAUGAUGCAGCCGGUGCUGCUUGCCAUGUUCAGCAAGACUGGAAGUCUUGAUGCAGCCCAGGCUCUGCAGAACCUAGCUUUGAUGAGACCCGAGUUGGUCAUUCCCCCUGUGCUUGAGAAAACUUAUCCUGCUCUGGAAACCCUAACAGAGCCUCACCAGCUGACAGCCACUCUGAGCUGCAUGAUUGGUGUGGCUCGGAGCCUAGUGUCAGGUGGGCAGCGCUUUCCUGAAGGACCUACUCACAUGCUGCCCCUGCUCAUGAGAGCUCUGCCAGGCGUAGACCCAAAUGACUUCAGCAAGUGCAUGAUCACAUUCCAGUUCAUUGCUACUUUUGUGACUCUUGUGCCUUUGGUGGACUGUUCGUCUGCCCUACAUGAAAGAACUGAUUUGACAGAGGUGGAAAGAGAGAUGUGCUCUGCAUCAGCUGAGUUUGAAGACUUUGUGCUUCAGUUUAUGGACAGGUGCUUUGCCCUGAUAGACAGCAGCACUCUGGAACAAACUCAGGGGGAAACUGAAACAGAGAAAAUGACUCAUUUGGAGAGUCUGGUGGAGCUCGGGCUGUCCUCCACCUUUAGCACCAUCCUCACACAGUGCUCCUUGGACAUCUUCAAGGUAGCAUUAGAAAAGGUGUUCAACUUUGCCACCACCAACAUCUUUGAGACACGUUUAGCUGGGAGAAUGGUGGCUGACAUGUGUCGAGCUGCUGCUAAGUGUCACCCUGCAGAGUCUCUUAAGAUUUUUGUGCCACACUGUUGCAAUGCCAUAAACCAGAUUGCUGUCAAUGAGGAAGUGUUAAAUGAUGAAGAGCUUGAUAAGGAGUUUUUGUGGAAUCUGCAGCUGCUUUCUGAGGUGUCUCGGGUAGACGGUGACAAGAUUCUGCCCUAUCGGUCUGAACUGGUCCAGAUUUUGCAGUUGACUCUUCACCUCAAGUGUAAGCAGGGUUACACUCUAGCUUGCAACUUGUUGCACCACAUCCUUCGCUCCACUGCCCUCACCUACCCCACAGAGUACUGCAGUGUGCCAGGAGGCUUCCACAAGCCAGUCUGUGACUACCUCCCCAUCAAGGAUUGGGGUCGACCGGGGGACUUGUGGAACUUGGAUAUUCGGUGGCAUGUUCCCAGUGUUGAGGAAACCUCAUUAACUUUUUAUUUGCUGGACCUGAUUCUCCAGCCUGAACUUCAGCGUCUUCAGAGAUUUGCAAAAGGCGAACAGGACAUGAGCAGAGAUGAUGUCCUCCAGAGCCUCACCAUUGUUCAGCACUGUCUCCUGGGAGCAGGGAGUCUGAUGCCUCCACUAAAAGGAGAGCCCAUCCCUGAAUUGGUUCAUAGCAUGGUGAAUCUUGAUGAGACAACGUUAUACACAGGAAUGGAGUAUGAUGAGAGCAGAGAGAACUACAGAGAUGCUAUCUGCAACGUGAUGAGGCAGCUUCUGCAUCAUAUCCUGGAGAACUCUGAAGAUGACACAAAGUCCCUUUUCUCCAUCAUCAAGAUUAUCAGCGACCUUUUACACUUCAAAGGUUCUCACAAGCACGAGUUUGACUCCCGCUGGAAGAGCUUCAACCUUGUGAAGAAAUCAAUGGAAAACAGACUUCACGGCAGAAAACAACACAUCAGAGCGCUGCUAAUUGACAGAGUCAUGCUCCAGCAUGAGCUGAGAAAACUGACUGUGGAAGGAUGUCAGUACAAGAGCAUUCAUCAGGAACUGAUGAGAGAUCUGUUGAGACUUUCCACAAGCACAUAUAGUCAAGUACGCAGCAAAGCUCAGAAUGUGUUGUUCAGUGCGCUGGGAACCUACAACUUCUGCUGCAGAGAUCUGAUCCCCCACGUUCUUGAGUUCAUCAAUCCAGACAACAACAGUGUUACUCAGCAGCAGUUCAAAGGUGCUUUGUACUGCCUUCUGGGGAAUCACAGUGGUGUUUGCCUGGCUAAUCUGCAUGACUGGGAGUGCAUUGUUCUGACAUGGCCUGCAAUUGUACGCUCUGGCCUCAGCUCAGCCAUGUCUCUUGAGAAACCCUCCAUUGUGCGACUCUUUGAUGACCUUGCAGAUAAAAUCCAUCGCCAGUAUGAGACCAUUGGCAUUGACUUCUCUAUCCAUGAUGACUGUUGUGCUGUGGCAAAUCAGCUUAUGACGACUGGAAGUCCUUUUCCUGAAGAACCUGUGCCCUCUGAGACAGAUGCAAAAGAGGGUCUAAAGAGACAAGAGAUAAAGAACUCAGAGUCUGUUGAGAAAUACAAACAGCUCAUUGGUGAUCUGCUGGACUGCCUCAGCAACAGGAACAUGCCUUGGAAGUUUGAGCACAUUGCAAUAGGCUUCCUCUCUUUGCUCUUGAGAGAUGACCACCAGCUUCCAUCUGCAGCUGUUACAUUUUUUGUGAAAAACCUCAACCAUGAUUCCCUCUAUGUCCGUAAGGUGGCGAUAUCAGCUGUGGCUGGGAUCAUGAAACAAAUAAAGAGACCACAUAAGAAAGUUCCUGUCAGCCCCUCUGAGCUUUGUGGAGUAAUUGAGCCUAGCAGAACUGUUGCUGGGGACCGUGCAGACAACCAGUGGCUCCAGUACAACAGCAGCAACCUGCCACACACACAGCAAAGCUGGGAUCAUUGUGUGUUUAUUGAGAAGACUCACUGGGGAUACUACUGCUGGCCAAGAAAGCUGAUGAUGUAUGCAUCUCAGGAAGAGCAGCCCAAACAGAACCUGAGCAGGGAGGAAAUGACAGAGCGGGAACAAAUCAUCUUUGACCAUUUCUCAGACCCAGUGUUCAUUAACCAGUUCAUCGAGUUUCUGUCUCUUGAGGACCGUAAGGGAAAAGACAAGUUCAGCCCUCGCAGAUUCUGUUUGUUCAAGGGAUUGUUCCGUAAUUUUGGUGAUGCCUUUCUGCCUCUGUUGCGGCCACACAUGGAGCGCCUGGUGGCAGAAUCUCAUGAGAGCAAGCAGCGCUGUGUGGCUGAGAUUAUCUCCGGGAUGAUCAGAGGCUGCAAGCACUGGAGCUUCUCCAAGGUUGUGAGCCUUUGGGAGCUGCUGUGUCCUUUGCUUCGAACUGCCCUGUCAAACAUCACAAUAGAAACUUAUGCAGAUUGGGGCACCUGCAUCGCCACAGCUUGUGAGAGCAGAGACCCACGCAAGCUUCACUGGCUGUUUGAGAUGCUAAUGGAGUCUCCAGUCAAUGGAGAAGGGGGCUCUUUUGUUGAUGCCUGUCGUCUCUAUGUGCUUCAGGGAGGUCUAGCCCAACAGGAAUGGCGUGUGCCAGAGCUUCUGCAUAGAUUGCUACAAUACCUAGAACCCAAACUCACACAGGUGUACAAGAACGUACGCGAAAGGAUCGGCAGCGUGCUCACGUACAUCUUCAUGAUUGAUGUCAACUUGCCAUUAACUCAGCCAACCACCUCCCCACGCAUCUCUGACUUUACGGAGCGAAUCCUGUUGAAGUUGAAGCCCUUAACAGAGGGUGAUGAGGAAAUCCAGAACCAUGUGGUUGAGGAGAAUGAGGUGGGGGAGCAAGAUGAGAGGACGCAAGCCAUCAAGUUACUCAAAACGGUGCUAAAGUGGCUGAUUGCAAGUGCUGGUCGCUCUUUCACUACUGCUGUCCCAGAACAACUACGGCUGCUUCCUCUUCUCUUCAAGAUUGCUCCAGUUGAGAACGACGAUAGUUACGAUGAACUUAAGAGGGAUGCAAAGACCUGUCUGUCUCUGAUGUCUCAGGGACUCCUCUACACAGAUCAGAUCCCAAUGGUCCUCACUGUACUGAGAGAGAUUGCUGGCAGUGGCUCCUGGCAUGCCCGAUACACGGUGCUCACAUACCUCCAGAUCAUGGUUUUUUACAACCUCUUCACAUUCAUGAGUGACCUGAAGGCAGUGAAUGAAGUGCGUGCACUUGUGUUAAAACUCUUGGAGGAUGAACAGCUUGAGGUACGAGAAAUGGCUGCCACUACUCUCAGUGGCUUCCUUCAGUGCAAUUUCCUGUCCAUGGAUGCCCCCAUGCAGGGACAUUUUGAGGCUCUAUGUAAAACAUGCUUACCUAAGAAGAGGAAAAGGGAGCUUGGGACUGUAGUGGACACCAUACCCUCUGCCGACCUGGUGCGUCGCCAUGCAGGUGUACUCGGGUUGAGUGCUUGUAUUCUCUCUAGCCCAUAUGAUGUACCCACCUGGAUGCCUCAGCUAUUGAUGGACCUAAGCGCUCACCUCAAUGACACACAACCCAUUGAAAUGACCGUAAAGAAAACCCUGUCAAACUUCCGAAGGACUCACCAUGACAACUGGCAACAACAUAAGCAGCAGUUCACAGACGAUCAGCUGCUGGUCCUUACAGACCUGCUGGUCUCGCCCUGUUACUAUGCCUAAAACCUGUUGGGCAUAACCCCAGAUUACACAAACACCAGCUUGGGGACCAGAGACCCCAGUUCCUGACUGAAUAAAAAUACCGUAUCCACACAGACCCCGAGGAAGAGAAGUGGCCCUCAGAAGAACUGCAUUGUGGCUCUCUGAAGAAUUAAGUUGUUGUGUAUUUAUGUGUCUAGCUCAUUUACAUUUAUACUAUACUUAAUAUUUAAGGAUCAAUCAUGGCAGGUAGGAAUGACCUGCAGUUUGUAACAUUACUGUACAGAUUUAUUUUUCUUUUUGUUUGUUUUUUUCCCCCAUUUGUGGCUUGUUCAUGUGCAUGUUCACAGGUAUGCGUGCGUGUUUAUGGAAUGCUUGAUGAUAUCUGCUGGUGUCCCACACAUUUCUCAGGAUUAUAUCCCCAGUAUCUGCUCUGAGCCAGCACAGUGUCCAAUGCAGGACAUACUCUUUAGUAUAUUCCAUUAGCAAAAACCUUGCUACAAGCCACAGAGAAUUGACUGUUAAUCAGCAGUCUUUUUAAGUUAGACUUAAAUUUGCAACACGUUUGUCUGAUUGAUCUAUGAUUAUAUACAUCACGUGUAUACAUCAUAGCUUAGCAAAUAUAAGCAAACUCAUUUAUUUAUUUGCUUUUUGAAGUGCUGAAGAUUUUUUUCUCCAUUGUGUUUAUCUAAGAUAAUGUAGAUGGCUGAGCUUUAGAAAUGGAGUUUAUUUUCAUUUUGCAAAGAAAGGGAGAGCGCAAGCUCCCCGCUGCUGUGCUGUAUGAAGCUUUUGUUCAGAGGACCUGAGCACAUUUGGAUCCCCAUGUCGUGUCUGGGUGCACAAAAAACAAACAAACUAAAAAAAUUUAAAUAAAAUUGCCUAUCCAUAACUGUGACCUCUCCCCUCUUAGUGCAGAUAUAUUUGAUACUUUGAGAACCCACUGAGAUGACAUUAAAUUGCAUUGGUUUGUGUAUGUAUUUCCCUGGUGACUUGAAACCAGUCUGAGCAUCAACACAUUUUAGUACCUCACUUACAAAUAGUGUAGUGCCAAAACUGCAGUGAUAUUUUUUGUCCCUCUUUUUUUUUUUUUUUUUUUUUUUUUUUUU